CCCCCCCGCCCACCAACAACUCAACUGCCCCCCUCCCCGCGUUCGCGCUAUUGUUUGUUGCAUGGGGAAUAGUGUUUAUUUCUACUUUUAAUCUUUUUAUUAUUAAAAAAGAAAGACAAAAACCUAACUUUUUCUGUUUUAAACAUCAUUGUUCUACUAUAUGAAUGAAAAUGUUAAAAGAAGAAAACUUAUCUUGUUCAUUUUAUUCUUUGAACUAAACAGUUAUUCUAAAGUGCACAAUGAAAUCGUACUUUUUAACAUACGUUAAAUUUGAAAAAUUGAGUAAUUAGAGCUAAAUAGUUGAUCUACUUCUGAAUGAACGAACGUAAAUAAAUUAAUCUAAAAAUCUUUUAAGUUAUAAUUAUUUAUGUAUCUUAUAAAUUUUUUAAAAAUAUACGAAUACAUUCCCUCCGGUUCUCACCUCUCUUUCUCUUUUUUCUCUCUUAACAGAGUCAUAAAAAUGUUUCGAUAGAGUGAGAUCGAUAGUAAAUGUGUCUUUGUGUCUUGGAUAAAACUCUAAACAUGGAUUUUUUUUUGCUUUUAGCAGAAGAAAAAAAACAUACAAAAAAAAAAUUUUUUCUUUUUAAUAAUAUUUCUGUUCUUCUCUUACUAUUUUGAAUAUCUUUUGAAAUAGUACUUAAUUAAUUGUAUUUUUUUUUUAUCGUUGAAUUAACGAGAUAUCAACGUUCUUUUCUUUUUUUUUUAUUUAUUUUGUACAUAAAAAUUAUACGGACCGUACAAUUGCCACCCUCAGCAGUAAAUAUAUUUGUUGUUGUUUUGUUUUCAAAAAUUUAAAAAUUUAAGCAGCUGUUUAAAAAAAAUUUAUUCUCAUUCUAUAUUGAUUUGAUAAUGACACUUUUUUUUUUAUUUUUUAUUUUUAGGCAAACAAUUUUAUCAGAAGCGUACAGUUAAAAAAAAUGUUUGCACCAUAGUCAAAUAUAUGGCACCGCCAACAACACAUCUUCUAAUACGUUCAAAAACAGUGCAUGAUUUAAAUAAAAUGACUAAAACAACAACAAGAGAUAAAGAUAAUAAUAAUUUAUUAUUAUUAUCUAAUUCAUUAUCAUCAAGUUUAAAUUCAUUACCAACAACUGAAUCAUAUUCUAGUAGUCAACAAACACCAUUAUCAUCAUUAUCUAAAGCAUCAAGUUAUUGUUCAUUAAUUAAUGAUGAUUUAUUUCAUUCAUCAUCAUUAUCAACAUCAUCACCUCCACCACCCGCACAAGAAGACGAAGAAGAAGAAGAAGAUGAAGAACCAGAAGAAGAAGAAGAAGAAGGAGAAGGAGAAAGUGAAGAUUUAAUAACGCCUAUUGAAAAAUAUAAAACAAUGCCAUUACCCGCUGAUAAAACUGUUGUUGAACUUCUUACAUCUCGUGAACGAUAUUUAUCAAAAAAACGUACAUUACAUUAUACACAAUCUCUAUUAGAUCAUAAAAAUCUUGCAAAAUUAUGUCCAAUAUUAGAAGAUACAAUUGAAAUACAUGGAAAUGGAAAUUUUCCAACAUUAAAUAUUAGACCAAAACAAUUUGUAUUAGAUUUAAGAAAAUUAUUUCAACAAAAUCAUAUUGAUAUAUUGGACAUCAGGCUCAAUGGAGGUGUUGCUUCCUAUGUUUUAACCAAUGAUAAAUCUUAUAUCUAUAAUGAUAUUGAUUUUAUAUUUCGUUGUGAUUUAUCAACUGAACAAAAAUGGUCACAAAUUAAAUCACUUGUAUUUCAAUGUAUUUCUAUUAAUUAUUUUCCACAAGGUACCACACUUAUAUCACCCGUUAUUUUACAACAAGCUUAUGUUGAAAAAAUGAUUCGUGUUGUUAAUCAAGAAAAUGAUUGUUGGGGUUUAAUAUCAUUAUGUAAUCAUUAUGGACAAAAUUUUGAAUUAAAAUUUUUAGAUCGAAUGAAACGACAAUUUCAAUUUUCAGUUGAUUCAUUUCAAAUUAUUUUGGAUCCAUUAUUAGAUUAUUAUGAAAAAGAACAAGACUAUGAUAAAUUACAUAUAACAACAAAAAAAUAUUCAACAAAAAUAAAUUCUCAUCAACAAUAUUCAAAUGGUCGACAACAACAAAAAUUAUAUGGAGAUAAACAACAACGAUGUUCACCAUCAUAUCCAUGUGUCUAUGUUGAAUGUGUUUAUGGUAAUUUUGAUUUAGCUCUUUAUCAUCUAAAUCGAAAAUUAAUUGCUACAAAUUCACCUGAAGGUAUUCGUGGUGGUGGUUUACUUAAAUAUUGUUUAUUAUUAAUACGUGGCUAUAGACCUGCUGAUAUUGGUACAAUAUGUCAAAUGGAAAAAUAUAUGUGUUCAAGAUUUUUUAUUGAUUAUGCUGAUAUUCAAGAACAAGAACAUAAACUUACAAGUUAUUUAUAUUCUCAUUUUAAUGACGAUGAUCAAAUGAUUUACAAAUAUUUAUUACAAUUACGACUUAUUGUAAAUCGUUCAACUGUUUGUCUAAUGUCACAUGAACGAAAAUUAACAUUGGAUUUAAUUACAAAUAUAGCUACACAUUAUUAUUAUAAACUUUAUACAGAAGGUGUAUGGGCCUAUGAACAUACGGGUCCCAAUCUUGUUGUACCAAAUUCUGUUUCAAUUGAUGUUAUUUAUCAUGAUGAUUAUCCUCAAGAAUGUACAUGUACAUCAUCAUCAAAAUGGAAAAGAAUUUAUACACCUCAACAGACAAUUAAAUUUUAUGAUGAUUAA